AUGGAUAUGAUCAUGGCCAUUGGUGUCACUACCUCAGCUGUGUUCAAACCUCUAAAUGGACACUUCGUGAACUAUGGCACACCAGAUACAAUUCCAGGUGCACCAUGCUGCAUUGCUAUGACGACUCUAAGCACCGUAGCUAGCUCCACUGGCAUUCAGACUCGCCAGUCUGUCUGUAGAUGCAUGAUGGAUCUUAUUACUACUUGCAAUCCAAAUGCUACUGCCAUUGCCACUCUGCCUGGUUUCUGUGGUGUUUCUCUUGGUUUUACCAUUGACCCUAACACUGAUUGUGAAUAG